AAAUGUUUUGUUUAGGGGUCUCAUCAAAAUAGGACUUUAAAAGGUCAGAGGCAAACUGUCUAUUUUAUCUUUUUCUAUUUCGGACAGGGAGAGAGAGAGAGAUCACCGACUCCGGCGGGAGACUAUUUGAAAGAGAGAGAAAGGAGAAGUUGUUGGUGUGGAUUCCAAAAUACUUGCCCUUUUCCAUCUUUCUUGUUUGUUGUGAGUCUUCCUUCUUCUUCUUCUUCGUGUAAUUGAUUUCUCCAAUGGUGGCAUCGAUAAGGUCAGCUCUAUUGCUCUGCUUCUUAGCCGUUUCUUCGCUACGAUGCGUCUCAUCAUCAUCACCACCACCACCUUCUAUGCGCCAUCAGCCAUCGGAAACGUUGUUCUUCAACACUCUCCAAUCCCAGUGCCCUUUGUCCUAUUCUCCCAAUUCGCCUCUCGAGGUGAAUGGAGACUUCCUUGACAGAACAUUGGCUGCCAAAUGGGGGAAUGCAUAUACUUCCAUACUCUUCUAUGCAUCAUGGUGUCCUUUCUCACAUAAUGUCCGUUUGACAUUGGAAGUCUUGGGUUCCAUGUUUCCUGAAAUUGAACAUUUGGCAGUUGAACAAUCUUUAGCCAUGCCAAGCAUGUUUUCAAGAUAUGGUGUACAUAGCUUUCCCAUGAUAUUACUAGUGAAUCAGACUUCAAGAAUGCGAUUCCGUGGCUCAAAAGAUCUUCUCUCCCUUGUCAUCUAUGAACCAGAAAUUAACAAGAGAACCAUACCUAGUACUCUCUAUAUUGUUCCUUUGUUUGAGGGUGCUUAUAUUUGUGUUCCCAAAAGUCUUAUCUCGUUUCAAAGAUUUUUGGGCAUCAUAUGGACCCCAUCUAAACUUGGAAAUAUUUGGAAAGACAAGCCAAAUGUUGGGGCGAGUAUUUCAGAUGAUCAACGUGAAGAGGAUUUGGACCAAGCUAAGAGUAUGCAAGACCAGGAACUUCCAUCAAGGUGCCAAGAGCGCACGAGUGUGGGCUUCUUCACUGGCUUCUGUCUCUCUGGGUGAAACCUCAUCUUCCCGCUUAUGAUCCCAAGGUGGAAAGUAAGAUCCUGCAUCGAGUGAAAUUGAGUGGAUAGAGUUUCUUGUCAUAAUUUUAAUAACUGUCAUGAUUGCACCAUGAGUAGUCUCUCUUUCUUUCUCCAUCUUUUUGUUUUACUUUUCUAAUAUAUACAUAUUCUCUCUAAUUCCCCAAUUGUGGUGCUACUAGAGAUUCGGCGAAGAAGAAGAAGAAGUCAUUUUUGAGUUAGGUUUCUAUAUUGGGGGAGGUAACCAAGCAUGUAAAUUCAAGAACAGCUAAAAAGCCAAGAACAUAUCGUGUUGUAUACUAUGACUCAGGAAAAGCAUGUCUAUUUUGACACUUUAGUGGAAUGUAUGUAUGCAAGUGUUGG